UACAGUGCGCUGGGCAGUAACAAGUCAUUUGCUUUGUUUCUGUAUUGAAAACAAACUUGACUUUCACCAACAACAAAAGGCACCUAAGCAUUUCUUAAGCACCUAAAGUAGUAUUUAAUUGGUGCGAAAAUGAAUGCUAACAAGGAGACUGAUUAUUCCCUUGGGGUGGAAAUGAUUCCACUUAGCAUGGGAGAGUUCUUUGAGGAAAUUGAUCAUAUACGAGAUGCCAUUCGACAGAUCGAGGACAAUGUUGGCAGAAUAGAAAUGCUUCAUCAACAAUCUCUCCAAGAAGUUGAUGAAUCCAACAUAGCUGCUACUACUCGCCAGCUGGAAGGAUUUACUGCUGAUACCCGUCGUUUGCAAACCAGCGUACAAUUAGCAAUUCGAUCUUUGGAGUCUCAAAAUAUGCAGCUUCCACCCGACAAUGACACUGCUACUAGGAAAACUCAAACUGAAGCUGUGAAGAAGAAAUUUAUGGAUCAAAUCCGACACUUUUUGCAAAUCGAGAAGACUUAUCGUGCUCAAUAUGAGCAACGCAUGCGUCGUCAACUCGAAAUUGCUAAUCCUAGAGCUACUGAAGAAGAUUUUCAAACUGCAAUCAGUGAAGAGAACGGUGGUCAAGUCUUCGCUCAGGCUUUGUUACGCUCUAAUCGUUCCGGCGAAGCUAGAACUGCUCUUCGGGAAGUACAAGAACGUCAUGCAGACAUUAAGAAAAUUGAGCGUACUAUUGGUGAGCUUGCUCAAUUGUUUCAAGAUAUGGCUACCAUGGUUCAGGAACAAGAACCUGCCGUUGAUAAAAUUGUUACUGACGCUGUCAACGUAAGAACAAAUAUGGGUGAAGGUACACAACACAUGGACCGUGCAAUUAAGAGUGCUAGAGCUGCUAGAAGGAAAAAAUGGAUUUGUUUCGGUGUUUGCAUACUUAUCAUCUGUAUUUUAGUCGCUGUUCUUUGCGGUGUUUUGAUUCCCGUUGUCGGUGGCCACAAACAUUGAUUUUAUUCAUUUUUGUUCUUCCUUUUUUCUUUCUGCCCACCCAAAUUUCGUCUAAAAAAUACCGCCUUAGCCAUUUUCUUUCAUAUAAAUGGAGUUAUCUAAUUAUCGAGCAAUAUGAGGAUGGGUGUGAAGUAUUCACUUAUCUUUUAAACGCGUUAGCAUAUUCAUUAUUCAGGUCUCCAUCCUUUUUUGCCCGUUGAUUUUUUUCUCUAAAACUCGUUGAUGGGCAUAUUCACUUUAAUGUCUGUCGUUCAAUGUCCAGUAUCCUCUCACUUGCGUUUUAUGUUCACUUUGAUUACACUUUUAAAGUUGUUAGCUAAAGUCGCAUGUCGCCCUAUUUACGUAUGCCGUUUAAAACCGCAUAGGUUUAAAGUCGUUCAUGGGUCGAAACAACCGAACUCGUAAGUGUAUAAUAAUGUCGCUCGUUACAUAGUUUUUAACAAAGUAUUAAUAGACUAAUAGAAUCAAUAGUCUUAAAGUUCAUUUUUUCGUGA